GACAAAUGUCCCCCGGUGCCAAAAGUCCUGCUAGACGGUGCCUGUGCUGUCAGAAUCUGUAAUUCUGAUAGAGAAUGUGAAGACGACACUCAUAAAUGUUGUUAUAACGGCUGUACUUAUACUUGUCGACCUAAAGUUCAACCACCUGCUUUUGUUGACUGGAUACAGGAACCCAGAAGACGAUUAAGCUCUGGUAGAAGUUGGUUGAUCAAUGGGCCAGAUGCAGAAACUGAAGUUGAGAUCUGUAGCACCAGUCCGGUAGAUAUAGACGAAGAUCCUCUAUUGUGUCCACAUGGUUAUUUCUGCAAUAUAGAGGACGUUGGAGAUCCGAAUAAUGGUAUACCGAAUAGAGGAAACUGCAUCAAACAG